CAUCUUUUGAGUUCUUUCACUGAUAAAUUUUUCCCUUGAGCUGCUUCAAACACACAGUCAUAUGCUGCCCGGUUUUCGGGCUGGAAAGCUACCAUGGAAAUUAUUUGGCUUCAACGUCCACACGACGGCAUCCCCUGGGGAUUUCGCCUGCAAGGGGGGCGGGAAUUUGGGCAGCCGCUUGCCGUACAGAGGGUGGUUCCCGGAAGUGUAGCAGACGGCUCCCUGUCGUCUGGAGACCUGAUCCUUAAAAUCGGAAACCAUAAUGUGACUAAUGCCUACCACUCCGAGGGUCAGGAUCAUAUCAAAAACGCCGGAAAUACUCUGCAAGUGACAAUCAAAAAGGUUCCACGAGUCGCUGCUAGUUGUCCAGUGAGCCCAACAUCCUCUCACAGUUUUAGCUUUCCGAACCCGAUCAAUCCGUAUGCCUAUCGCGCAUUCUCACCAGAAAAUGACAGAUUUUCUCUACAACGUCCACUAAGAAGUCAAUAUUCAGUAGAUGAUGAUGAUCUACGCCAGUUUCAAUCUUUACCACGGCAUAGAGUAACAGCUGGCGGAAUGCACCAAAGUGGUAUGGAUAAUUAUGAUCCGUACUCAUCUAGAAAACAUGACAGCAACGGUUCAUUUGAUCGUGGGUGCUACACAAUGCCAAAACCUUCGCCAUACCGACCAAGUAAUGCUCAGGCACAAAACUCACAUUUUCGAAGCGGCAGUAGUGACAGUAGUGGAUACCAAACAUCUUAUAGCCCGACUACAGUAGAAUCAUCUAUUGGCUAUCAACGUUCUUCGUCGUCUGCUUGUUCUCCGCCAAAGGGUUUCCACGGUCCAGGGCCUGGAAUAUCACCUCCAUCAUAUGAAAGAAGUCUGUCCGAUAGAAAUCGGCCGUUUUCUCCCUUGUACAAUCGCCAAGACUCUUUUGGACAGAAUCAAGACCAUUUCAGUAGAAGAAUCGGUGAAGAAUUACACAAUUUACCUGGAGAAUUCUCCGAGAAUGUAAACAGCACUAGUAGGAAUCCACAUCAGCUUGUUAAACAAAGUUCAAGGGAACAGCCUAUCUACAGAGGAUAUCAAUCUGACUUUUCAAACGGACGGACAAAUGUAAUAUCACCAUCUAGUGAAUAUAAUAGAUCACCCAAUGAAAUCCGGCGACAGUUGUCAUUUGAAUCUAAUAUUCAAAAUCCAACGUUUGUCCAGUCGUCAGUACAUGUAGGAGGAAAUCCACAACCACGAGGGUUUCAGAGAAGUUAUGCUUAUGAUAGUGAUAGAGCAGAAGAAAAACCUGUAGUACACUAUCAAAGACAGACAUCAUCAGGAACGUUACCUAAGUACGAGUCAACAAUCUCAUCACCUCCACCUGGCCACCAUCCAAAACAAAAUGGCGAAAAACCAGAACCGCCGGUUAGAUCGCACAGCUUUGAGCCCCGUUUGAGGAAACCAAGUCACAGCAGUUCUACAGGAAUUAGUUCUAUAGAGGAUAUUUUGUCUCCUUUCGAAAAAUUUCAAACUUCCAAUUACUUCAACGAAUUUUAUAAGGACCAGCCAAAGUCACCCCCGACCAGCUACAAGGCGAAUUGUUUGGAUACUUCAAAUUUUAGUUCUCUACCAACGGAUGGUUCUCCAAGCUUAUACAGCCGGGAAGGAAACGUUACAGCUUGUAAGGAAAAGAGUGUUCCAAACACCACGACAAACCAAUUCGAGGAAUCAGUGUCAUCUAGCAAGGAAACAGGGGAUAAGGAAAUGACUUCUUUUAAUCGAUUUGCACCCCAACCCCAAAUGGCACCCCCACCCCCACCACCACCACCACCACCUCCCCCUCCCCCUGGACCCCCAGGGCCUGGACGCCAGAUAACAAGAAAACCUGUUCAGCAGCCAGUUAGUAACGAACAGAGGACGCCAGGGGACGGGAGCCCCGUCACACAAGGGCAAUUCUCGGAUAAAAUCCCGGACGCAGUAUUAAACACGAUGCUUAAACAGCAAGGAAGUGGAACUCCAAAGCCAUUUGCCUAUAUAACUGGGGGCAUAGAUCUGAAAGAAUUCAAGCAAAAGAGAAAUCGACCUCCGCCCCCUGUAAUGCCAAAAUCGUACCGUGGUCCAGAUCUUAACGUCCCUGAAUCAUCUACAUAUAAAGGUCAACCUUCGCCGCCAAUUAGAGCCCAGCAAUUUCAGCCUCAGCAACAAUACCAGCAGGUUUCGCCAACAACACAACGCUUCUCAAAUAACGCUCCAAGCUAUCAACAGCAAACACCGCGUUAUCAACAACAACAAGAAGGCUACCAGCAACAACCCCAAAGCUAUCAACAACCACAGAGAUCACAAGAUGCUUACAGACAUGCACAGUAUAACUCUCCAAUCCAGAUGUACUCGCAUAGCAACGCAGAGGAAGCCUUGCGCACGCAGAGUGGUGGAGCUCUUACAGGGAUAUCUGGUUAUCCAGAGAAACCUGCGCAAGAUAUCCAACAAUCUGAAGUUUACAAAAUGGUACAGGAAGCGGACGGGAAAGGUAAGAUUGGUGUACGGCAGCCGUUGCAUAUCAAUACCGGUCCAGAAUUUAUUCCGGAUAUUACGUCACCGGAGACUAGUGUUGAAAAGCCCAGAUUUCUUAAACCGAGAAAAGCAGGUUUAUCAUUUCGCGUGUUGCAAUGGAUGACAGACACAGAUGAUUUGGACGAUGAAAUUGUCAGCGAUGAAGACAUAGAUAGUAGAAAACCAAGACAACCACGGGAUCCACUGUUACGUCAUAAUUCUAUUGAUGACGAGAUGAGAUUUUCUGGAUUAAACAAGAAAACAGAAAUACCUUCAAAAACUUUUAUGAAAUUGAACCAGCUCUCUGUCAACGAUGCAAAUGAUUCAUCAACCCAAUUACAGAGAUACGAUCAACCAGAGAGUUAUCAAGAUAAUAUGGAGUCGAACCGAGUGGGUAACUACGAGCAGACAUCUAUCCGCUACACCGGCAAACAUAUCCCCUCGCCUUCCUUCAGAGUUCUACAGAAAUUUGCAGAUGAGGUUGAUACACAAGAUUCCCCCGUAAUCAAGAGAGGCCACCAGAUAGAAAGCGACGACCUAGAUGAUACGGAUGACGGAUUACCCGAAACACUCAGUGGAGAGGAACUCGCUGACAAACGAUAUACCGGAAGUACAAUACCAUCACGCUCCUUCCGCAUGUUGCAAAUGUCAGUCGGAAAUGACGACACAUCUGAAACUGCGCCCCAGAGAGCACCACCGUCUGUCAAUCAAGAGCAAGGCCACACUCAAUCGAAGAUCACGAUAAUCACGCGAAGUCACGCGGUACCUGCCCAAAUACAACCACCAGAGGACGUGCCCAGUACAGAUUUCUAGGCUUAUCCUGUAAUUUAAUCAUUUCUUAGAUAUGUUUAACUAUUGACAGUAAUCACAUCAAUUGAAAUUAGAUUAUCCAUACCUCUUGAAUCUUCUGUCAAAUAGUUGUGUUUUUACUUGAAUUAGAUUAAAAAACAAUUCUACCAUAUAGGCCUUUAUGAUUUUAUAAAGAAACACACACACACACACCCUCACACACACCCUCACACACACAUAUUAAUAUAUAUACAUGUUUAUAUGACUACAUGUAUUUAUAAGAUGAAACACGUCAUAUGAGUUGACUGUAUAAAUUUGAGUCAUUAAAGAACUUUCUUGAACUAGCAUGAACUACCGGCUAUAAGAAUUUAAGUGAGAAUAUUUUUUUAUGCCCCCGUAAACGAAGUUUCGGGGGCAUAUAGUUUUUGUCCUGUCUGUCUGUCUGUCUCUCUGUCUGUCUCUCUGUUUGUCCGCAAAAACUUUAACCUUGCCCAUAACUUUUGAUUUAGUGGAGCUAUGACUUUCAUAUUUCAUAUGUGUAUUCCUUGUGACAAGACCUUUCUUUGGGUACCACCAAAUUUGACCUUUUGACCUUGACCUUGGAGUUUGACCCACUUUUACAUGAAAAUUUUAAAAUUUUACUUUGGCGAUAUCUUUUGAACAGUAGACACCAGGACAUUUAUACUUCACAUAUAUAAUGUUUGUUAAAAGACCUUUCCCUUUCACUGGAUAACAACAACUUUGACCCUUUGACCUUGACCUUGUAGAUUUCCUUACUUGUGAAAAAAAAACUUUAACCUUGGCCAUAACUUUUGAACGGUAAGGGAUAGGGCUUUCAUACUUCAUACACGUAAUCCUUGUGAGAAGACCCUUCAUUGGAUACCAAGAACUUUGACCCUUUGACCUUGACCUUUGAGAUUGACCUACUUUAAAAAAGCAAACCUUGACCAUAACUUUUAAAGAGUUAGGGCUAGUGCUUUCAUACUUUACAUAUUUGAUCCUUAUGACAAGACCUUUCAUUUGAUAACAAUAACUUUGACCCUUUGACCUUGACCUUGGAGUUUGACCUAUUUUUUUAAGAAAUUGAACGUUGACCAUACCUUCUGAACGGUUAGGGCUAGGGCUUUCAUGCCCUACAAAAGUAUUUUAUGUGGCAAGACCUUUCAUUUGAUACUAAUUACAUUGACCUUUUGACCUUGACCUUGGAGAUUUUUGUAAUUAUUAAAAAACUUUAACAUUAGCUUACUUUCAAAUUUCACAAUUGUUUUCCAGUGAGAAUACCCUACUUUUGGUACCAAUUAAUUAAAUUUGCAUUUAAGAAAAGCCUAAUCUUUGCUUUGUUGCCAUACGGGGGCAUCAGUGUUUUACAAACACAUCUUGUUUUAUAUGUGAAUAGUUAUUAUGUAAAAGUUUUUUGUAUUUAAUCAGUUCAUAUAUAUUUAUUGUAUUGUAGAUGUAGACAUUAAAGUAUUUAUGUAGCUUUUGAAGAGUUGUGGUGUAUGCAUUACAGAUAUUCAGUCGUGCAUGUGUAAUUUGUAUAUACAGCAAAAUGUACAGUAUAUUAUAUGUGAACAAUUUUCUUGCCAUUAUCUGUAAAAAUUGUUUGUACAUUAUUUGUACCAAUGCCUAAACUUGGGAUGUCAAAGACUAUUCGAGUACUCGACUAUUGCUUGGUCAUACUGAUUAUCGUCGAAUAUUAUUUACUCUAUUACAAGUUAUAAAUGUGCUAUUUAAUAUUAUUUUUAAGUACAUAUUUUGCUUUUUUCUUAUUUUCAACAAAUCGCGUUUUGAAAAUAAAAAUAAAAUUGAUUUUAUUGUUUACCAGUUGGUGGCAGCCACUGUAACAUAUAUAGAAAUAACAAGCCAUGGUAUUUGAUUGAAUUUGCGAUAAAACAAAAAUAAAUUAAGAUACUGAAGCUCACAAUUUUUUUUGUAAAUACUUGUAUUAAAAAUUUUGUUGAAUUUUAUUAAGAUUUUAUUAAAGAUUUGAGGUCAGACGAUACGUUCUGCAGAUAUAUGUUUUGUAAAUUUUUGAAAUUUAUUAAAAUAUUCAAAAUUUUAAUUAAAUUCUAAUUUUUAAACCAGUUUCUAAAUGCUAUCAAAAAUACAACUCUUAAAAAUGGAUCUUAAAGAAGUUUAAAGUUUUCCUCAAAAGGAUUAUUUAAUGAACACUACCCUCUGCUAUCUUGCACAAAUGCCUGGUAAGGUACCUGAAUUUUUUGUGGGUAAACAUAUAACAGUAGGAAUACUUCAGUGACAAAAUCUUGGGAAAAAUUAUAUAUUAUCAAGGAACGUCUCAUCUGCCCUUAAUAUUUGCAUUUACAAACAUUCUGAAAAAAAAACCUUUAAAUCGAAUUAAAAAUGAAUAAUAAUAACAACUAUUUUUUGAGUCGGUUUUCCGAGGGAAAUUGACAUCCCUAGUCUUAAAAAAAAUCUUCCUAACUUCAGACGUCUUUCUAGUAAAUUUUGAUUUUGACAAAGAUGCAAACUAGUUUCACAUCAUAGAAAUAACGGAUAUUAUCAUUGUGUUAUUGGUAUUAGGUUACAUGAUACAGUUUUUCCAAGGCACAGUGUUAUAUAUAUAGUAAAAUGAUCUUUACUUUACACAUGUAUGUGGAAUGUUUACAGGAGAACUCAGCAAUAGAAAUAAAAUUGGGAAAAUUA